AUGUAACCUUCAGUGACUUACUUUGGACUUUAAACUCUCAUUUUCUUGAUCAUAAUUGGAAUGAUCUUGAUUUCUUUGAAUUACUUUUAAGAUCCAAAACAAAAGGAAUCUAAAUUCAAAAUUUGGAAUCGAAUGAUCACGAAUUACGAAGGCAUUUCAUUAACUAUUGACGAAGAAUAACUUUUAAAAUAAACAUUUAAGAACACUCUUAGAAAUCGUAAAGUAGCCAUCAGCCCUUCCAUUCCAAGAUAAAAAUAAACUACAAAAAAAGUCAGCUUUAAAAAUUUGGAUAACUUACUUUGA